AUGCAGGUUCUCUACAUACUCUCUUUGGCAACGCUGGCCUUCGGGGCACAAAACCACGACAUCCUUAAUCUUUACAAAAACAAUUACAACGGUGAUGGUACCUAUUAUGGAGUUGGGUCUAGCGGAACAUGUAGUUAUACACCCCCAGACCUUCCUCCUGUAGCUAAAAAUCCAGCCAUUACCGAUCUCGUGGCCCUAAACAGCCCACAAUUCUUCGGAUCUCUAGCAUGUGGCAUGUGUUUCACGGUCAGCGGGUCUGGUCAUGGUCUAGGUAAUGACCCAAUUACCGGUAAACACAUUGUCUUUGUCAAGGAUUUGUGUCCGGAAUGUCAUGCUGGGUCUGUGGAUUUUGCCAAGAAUGGAGAUGGUAGAUGGGGAAUUUCUAUCCGAGCUAUCCAAUGUCCAGUCGGUAACACUAAAAUCGAAUACAAAUUCCAGGGCAGCAACGAUUAUUACUUAAAAUUACAAAUCCGUAAUGCAAGAAUUCCAGCAACACAAGUAGAGAUGCGACAGAAGAGUAUGCAGUAUGCCAGUUUCCGACACACCAGUGACGGGUUCUGGGUCAUGGGAUCUGGCUUUGAUAAACCGGUCCAGUAUCCAAUACACCUUCGUCUUACAGCAGCUAAUGGAGAGCGAAUCAUUGACACCAUCCAUAUGACACACAUUGUGAAUGAAGUUGUGCUUCAUGGAACAGGAAAACAAUUCAGUCUUGACAGCAGCCUACCACACUAG